AAGGAAGAGAGAAGGGAGACUCUAUGUGUGUGAUAUAGCGAGUGGCUGCUCACUGCAGGAGAUGGUCGGCUACAUGAAUCAUCUGAAGGUGUUUCUUAUCGAAGGACACACGUUCUGCUGGUUGGUCUGAAUUUUAAGUGGUGGAUUUUUUCCUGGAAGGACACAUUGCCUGAGAUUUUUCAUCUGACAGACGACUUCCACAGGGGUUUUGUGCAUUCUUGAAGUAUAAAUCCAUCAGAGAUAUACUGCUUGAUAUGGACCGAGGAGGUCUAAGAUGAAGAUCAGAAGACUGUGAAGAAGGAAAUACACUUGAAGAAACAUUUCGUAAAGAUUGGAAAAUUUGCCUGGGUGAAAUAACUGAAAGCUCUGUUGAUCAUCAAAAUUGCUUAUACCAUCUAAUGAACUCUUAUUUAUAUUUUAUUGACGUUUCUUGUUUGAAACAACUGUAAAGGUUUCGUAUUUUUAUUAGCUUUGUUUGAAACUGACUGUUCCAUUGUAUUUGUUACUGAAAAGAGGUCAGCAUCUUACGAAUCUGACCAAAGGUCAAAUCUACAAAUCUUCACGAUUUACACUGGAAAAGUCUGAGCCUCUUUCCUCUCACUGUGGGCAACAGAAACAUUCCGAGCAGCCAUAACCUCUCACUCGUGUAAGCCGGUGGUUCAUGGCAGGGUUCGUAGGUCAAAUGGCGGAGUCGCUGGAGCUUCCUCGCGUCCGAUCGGACAGCUCGUCCAGCAGCGCGUCCCAGUCCACCGCGGGGCGCCUGCUGCUCCGGCAGCGUCUGGCCCAGCUCCUGACCUGCGUGGAGGACCUGAGCUCCGACGACGAGGCCAGCGAGGAGGUGUCCCGCACACUGGACGAGGCCUUCAACCUGUGCGGACGCUGGACCGACAAAGAGUUCUUCAGGCUCCACAUGGUCACGUGGAACGUGGCUACGGCGGAACCCCCUUGUGAUGUCACCUCUCUGCUACAGCUGGACUCACGGCAGGCCACCGAUAUCUAUGUGAUUGGUCUGCAGGAGGUGAGUGCCACGCCAGUAAGGUACAUAUCAGACCUCAUCAUGGAGGACUCUUGGACCCACGUCCUCAUGGAUACCUUGGCACCCAAAGGCUAUGUGAAGGUCACUUCAGUAAGAAUGCAAGGACUUCUGAUUCUCCUGUUUGCCAAGCAAGCUCAUAUUCCCUACAUCAGGGAUGUCCAGACCACCUACACCCGCACGGGGAUCUAUGGGUACUGGGGCAAUAAGGGCGGGGUAUCCAUCCGCUUCUCUUUCUACGGCCACAUGCUGUGCUUCCUCAACUGCCACCUGGCCGCACACAUGAACUAUGCUCUGCAGCGGGUCGACGAGUUCGAGUACAUACUGGACACUCAGGACUUUGACGUCAACAACACACCAAAUGUCCUCGAUCACAAAGUGGUCUUCUGGUUCGGUGAUCUGAACUUCCGUAUCUCAGACCAUGGGAUGCACUUCCUGCGAUCCUCCAUCGAAGGAGGCCGCUACAACCUGCUGUGGCAGAAAGAUCAGCUGACCAUGAUGAAGAAGAAGGAGCCUCUUCUGCAGGAGUUUGAAGAGGGGCCGUUACAAUUUAAACCGACCUACAAGUUUGACAGAUUCUCUGAGACUUAUGACAGCAGCAUUCAGAAGACAUGGUUUGGCUUUAAUGGGAAGAAGAGGAAGCCCGCCUGGACUGACCGCAUCCUCUGGCGGAUCAGACCCAAGGUCGCUGAGGACGACGAGGAGGGGUCCUCCACGGCAUCGUUAGUUGAUGAUGAUGACGAGUAUCCUCUGAAGGUGGCGCAGGAUGUGUACAACUGUAACAUGGAGUACGGAGUCAGCGACCAUAAGCCUGUCAUUGGCAUCUUCACCCUGGAACUGCGUAAGAAGGUGGAGAGGCCUCUGGUGAGUGUGGCGGCGGAGGGCGUGUGGAGUGCUGAUGAUAACGCUCUGGCCUCCUACACCAUCCAGGAACCCUUUCCCGCCAGCACCUACGACUGGGUCGGCCUUUACAAGACUGACUUCAAGAGUCCCCUUGACUAUGUGGCCUUUACCUGGGCAAAAGAUUAUGAGGUUCCCAUUAAUGAUUCGGUUAAGGUGUGUAUGAAGGGAGACGACCUUCCACUGCUCUCAGGCCAGUACAUGCUUGGCUACUACAGCACCAACAUGCAGAGCAUUGUUGGCCUUAGCCCAACGUUUGUGAUCCAGGAGUCCAAACUAGCUGUCCUGGAGGGUCUGGUGCCUGAGGACAUUAAUGGACUGGACAAGUGACACCCCGCAGAGGGCCCAGAGAUCCACUCACCAGCCUGCUGUAAUAGCUGAACGCUGCGCCUUCAGUUUGUCAUGGUGCCUUCCCUCCAAAUGAUGUGUUUAUCAUCAGCAUGAUUGUAUAAGUAAAGAUCAGUUCUCAUAUGAGUUCUAUUGUUUAUCUCUUAUUCUUUUAGUCUUUUAUUUUCUUCUGUAUUGCUGUUAUUGUUUUGUCAAGCUCUCUCCACCAGUGAGAGUGGCAGGACAGAAAGUAUUAAUUGUUAUGCCAGAAGGUUUAGUUCUUGAGAUUAUACAACUGUCUGUACCUUAGCUACUAAGGUUUGUGUGUGUGGGUGUGCGUUGUGUUUCUGUGUAAGGAGAGAGCGCAUACCUCAUAUCAUGUGCUUUCCUGAAUCUUGUACUUGUAUUGGACGCCUUUUUGUUUGCAUGUUUGUGAGCGAUUGUAAUUGCCUGCAUGUUUGUGAGGAAUGAGAGUAUUUACAAUACAAAUGUACACACGCAUAUGUGAGAGCACACACACAUAUGUACACCAACAAAUUCACGCACAAAAUUCACUCACGAAUGAGAGAGAGAGAACGAGAAUAUUUUCAGUAUGUUAAUUAAUUUGUAAAACAUCCCUCAGUAUGGAAAUGGAAAUGACUUAAUGAAUACCAAAAUUAUAAUAAUUACAAUGGAUCUCAUUAAAACAUUAUGAAACAGUGUUGAACAA